AUGUCUCUCAAAUCUGUCAUACUGAAUGAGGAAAUAUCUCAAGUCUUGAAUAUUUUCUUUGAAUGUGUUGCAAAAGUUUUAGAGCAUUUGAACUUGGCGGACCCUCAACUUUUUGGUCCAUUGACCAACCAACUUGGACUUUUCAAAAAUUUAAAAUCUCUUCGUCUAUAUUACAACUCAAUUUCAGGUCCUAUUCCAAGCUUUGUUGGGGUGAUACCUUUGUCACUUCAGAACUGUACAAAGUUAGCUGAACUUGAUCUUGGUGAAAAUGAGUUUGUUGGAAAUGUCCUAGCAUGGAUGGGAGAAAGAUUUUCAAGAAUAAAGAUUGUUAUCCUUCAAUCAAAUAUGUUUCAAGAGCUUUUACCAAGGGAACUUUGCCACCUCACUUCUCUACAAAUCUUAGAUUUGGCUUUUAACAAUUUAUCUAGAAACAUACCAAGGUGUAUUAGUAACUUCAGUGCCAUGAUGAGAAAGAGUGAAAUGGAUGAUGAUAGAGAGUAUGUGUCCAAUGCAGAUUUUUAUUCAGGUCAUAUGGAGGAUGCAUUACUUGUGAAUAAAGGUGAAAUGGAUGAAUACAAUACAAUUUUGAAAUUUGUAAGAAUGAUAGAUCUUUCAAAAAAUAACUUCUCUGGAAGCAUCCCUAUGGGAGUGACGGAUCUUUCAAUGUUGCGAUCAUUGAAUUUGUCACACAAUUCUUUGACUGGCAAAAUUCCGGAUAACAUUGGUGCUAUGAGUUCUCUAGAGUCCAUUGAUUUUUCUGGAAAUCAACUUUCCGGUGAAAUCCCACGAAGUAUUUCACAGCUGACAUUUUUAAGUGUCUUGAACUUAUCCAACAACAAACUUUCUGGAAGAAUUCCUUCAAGCACUCAAAUACAAACCUUUAGUGCAUCUUCUUUUACUGGCAAUGAACUUUGUGGUCCUCCUCUUUCUAAUAAUUGCACAGUAGGCGUUCCAACAUCCGGCGAUCAGAAUAGAGGAGAAAAAGAAGUAGACUGGUUUUAUGUAAGUAUGGCUCUUGGAUUUGUGGUGGGAUUCUGGAUUUUUAUAGGACCUCUAUUCUUUAGCAGGAGAUGGAGGUGCAUGUAUUUCCAAUUCCUGAGUAGCCUCCAGGAAAAACUGGGCAGUGUUGUAAGAAAAUGUUAUUAG